AUGAAGGACUCGCUGGAUGUACUGGCGGUUGGCACUGAGGUGUUACCCCCAGGAGGUAGAGACGUGGCGUUCCAGCUUGGCGAGACACUACUCCCUGAUGCUGAACUUGGAAGGGAUGCUGUCGGCGACGGGAUAAAUGACCCGCUGGAGGUACUGGCAGUCGGCAUCGAGGUAUUGCCACCUGAAGGCAGAGAAGUGGUGUUCCAACUUGGAGACAAACUGCUCCCUGUUGUGGCCUCUGCUGAGGAUGACGAACCCGGGAAUGGUACUGUCGGGAAUGGUACUGAUGACCUACUCGAUGUGCUCACCGUUGGUACUGAUACAUUACCACCUGAUGGGAGGGAAGUACUGUUCCAACUUGGACCCAAGCUACUGCCCGAAGUGAUCUCUGCGGAGGAGGGUUGCGCUGAAGUCGAAGCACUAAUAGUCGGUAGCGAGGUGUUACCACCAGGAGGAAGAGAGGUACUGUUCCAGCUCGGGCCGACACUGCUCCCUGAAGUGAAGCCCCCUGAAGACGUUGGAAAAGGCACCAAGGUCCCGUUGGAAGUACUUGUAACUGGCGCCGACGUGUUUCCCCCAGACGGAAGAGACGUGCUAUUCCAGCUGGGUCCGAAGCUACUCCCCGAGCUUGCUUGGCUUGAUACCGACGAGGUUGGAAACGGAACGAAUGUGCCACUCGAGAUACUAACUGUCGGUACCGAGCCAUUCCCUCUCGACGUGGUGCCAUUCCAACUUGGACCUACACUCCCACUUGGCGAACCACCAGAGCUUGUGGAGACCGAGGCGGUUGGGAACGGGACGAACGUCUCACUGGAUAUACUGACCGUAGGAACUGAACCAUUGCCCAUCGAAGCGGAGGUAGUUCCAUUCCAGCUUGGCCCUGUUGUGCCACUAGAUGAGGCCCCAGAUGCUGUAGGGAAGGGUACGAAAGUUCCGCUGGAGAUACUGACUGUAGGAGCUGAGCCAUUACCUCUCGAGGUAGACGUGGCGUUCCAACUUGGAGCCACACUACCACUCGAUGAACUCCCAGAACUAGUGAUGUCCGAUCUUGUAGGAAAAGGCACAAAACUUCCACUUGUUGAGAGACUGAUAGUUGGAAUCGAACCAUUUCUUGUUGGGACCAAAGUCGUAUUCCAACCUGGACCUACACUCCCACCUGUCGUCCCAGAGCCAGUGGUCACAGACACCGUAGGCCCCGAAUCAGUAGGGAGAGGCCCUGUCCCAGACUUACCGCCGCUCGGGGCAGUAAUACUCGAGUUCCACCCGGUCAAAGUUCCCGUCAGACGUGUCCCACUCUCCACAGGACUCGACGUCGAGUUACCAGGAAUCGACCACGGUAGCGAAUCGCUCGUAGCGCCAGAUCUUGUCAUUCCAGAUGAAUGGGUCGAUGCUUGUGAUGUUACACCCGAGAGACUUUGGGUACCGUUGCCAGACUGA